GCUUUGUUCCAACGUUUCCGUGAGCUCUGCAAUAUUCUCCGCGUUCCGAGCUUUUGUGAGUUGAGCUUGCAACGUCGUUGCGUCGUGAAUUUCGAAAAAUCUUUGCUACGAUGGAGAGCAUCGUUCUCGUGGGUGGAGGGGGAAUCCUCGUAUUAUAUUGUUUGGGUUUCCGCCCGCAAGGAGUAGCCGCUGGAACAGUAGCCGCGAUCUGGCAAUCGAUCAUCGGCUCCCGCGUACCCGCUGGUUCUUUGUUUUCCUGGCUACAAUCGUUGGGGACAUGGACCCCGUAUAUUGGAGCGGCUCUGCUGGUCAUCUGUUUAUUCCUACGAGAUUCUUUAGAAUCGUUUCUGGAGCCAUGGAUCCCGUAUAUUAUUGGAGUGGCUUUUGCCGCCUAUCACUUCCUACGGUAUACUUUGUUUCCCUACUUGAAACGGUUGCUGGGGACCCUGAGGACAUGGACCCCGUAUAUUGGAGCGGCUCUGCUGGUCAUCUGUUUAUUCCUACGAGAUUCUUUAGAAUCGUUUCUGGAGCCAUGGAUCCCGUAUAUUGGAGUGGCUUUUGCCGCCUAUCACUUCCUACGGUAUAUUUUGUUUCCCUACUUGAAACGGUUGCUGCAGGGGACCCUGAGGACAUGGACCCCGUAUAUUGGAAUGUUUUUGGUCGCCUGUUACUUCCUAUAGUGACGUUAAUUAUUUUUGCUUCGUAUCAUCGUUUAAAAUAUAUCUUAAAAAGCCGGUCCUGAGAUGACGCGGGAACGACGAUGAAAACAAAAUAUAGCCGAAAGAAUAAACGCACGAGCUCGAAUUACAUUUUUCGUGCAUCUUUCUUGCGCAUGCGUGUGUUAUCUUUGCCUUCACCACUCCCCAACGGAAAAUGUAUAGUUACACUUGCAUAGGUUUGGUGGCACUGGUGGCAGUCUAGUCGCGGACACCGGCGACAUGGGUAUGGGUGACAUUUUUAUCGUUGCAACUUCAUACUCCCACGACUGUCAAAAUCGACAUGAAAUGUUCGGUAAUACAUUAACAAAAAACGAACGAGAUAGUGAAUAAACUCGAUAAAAACCGAUUCUCAAAGACUGUUUUUGCUGAUAAAAUUAACAUAGCCGAUAAGUAACUGUGCAGCCUGCGGGAGAACAACAAAAGAACAUAACCUUUAAUAAUCUCUCGUUGAAAACUGUCAUUUUUUUACGGAAAUAAACACGCAAAUCGAGAAUGAACCUCAAGAUUUCAGGAAAAUUGAUACGGCAAUCUUCUAAAUGAAGUACGUGAAACCGUUGCGAGAUCGACCUAACCUAAAAAGUUUCGCGAAAACAUCGAUAAAAUCGUUUUCUAAUUCUGUUUAUUGUGGGUACGUAAUACUGUAGUGUUCAUUGGAUAAUAGGGGGAAAGAAAUCCGAGAUGAUUGAAUCUUCGGGUUGGGGGAUAAGCAGAGACGAGGAGAUUCACAAGGCUGCAGGGAAUGUGCAAUUGCGAAAAUAUGGACAAUUUUUUAAUAAUCUUGCGGCGACUUGGAAGGAAGAAAUUUCGUCGUUCGAAAAUCUUAGAGAAGGACCGUUGCGUCUCGUUUAUCGUUUGAAAGAUGAAACGGACAUAUUGUCAUUAGUCGAAAUGAAAAAUAAAAGUCUAUCAAAAAUAUUGGCUGCAGUAGCAGGCACGUGCAGAGAGAUAAGAAUGUUGAAAUCUGAAGCUAAUAAUUUUUACAUAAAACUCAUGGUCCAUGGGGAAGCAGUAACCGAGCCAAAGUCGUCGCAGAAUUUUUCUAAACUUUUUGCGGAUCUCCAGGACACGUCGAUCUAUAUAAAUAGAAUUUUUACUGUCACUCACUUGGCGAUCAGUCAGUUAUCAAGUUUAUCAAGGGGGCCCGAAGAAAUAUACUUGCCAUCACUGAUAGAGCACACUCUGGAUCUUUUCCUGAUUCUUGUAACCUUUGAUGAGAUUGUCGAGUCAUAUCCAACACUUUUGGAUCAGUGGAAAUCUUACAGAAUCCAAGUGAGAUCGGUGAUGCACAAUCCUGCAAAAUUUUCCAUCCCAGAAACGCGACUCUCUACAUUAGAUAAAUUGUUGAAGGAUCUUCAGGGUCAUCUGCUCGGGAAAAAUUUAUUUUCAAAGGGCGUGGAACACUCAAUGGACGUGAGCAAAACUUCCAACAUGAACGACCAGCUGGUAACAUAUUUGAAGAAUACAAUGGCCGAAGUAGAGAGUAAAAUAGCCAACAGCUAUGCAGUGAAUAAAAAUUGGUCAAGAUUGAACAUAGGAGUCGUUUUGUCAACUAGGCUUUUUGGCGUUUGUGACAAGAAGCUUGUGCGCAGAUUGGGAGAGGCUAACAAGCGUCUUUAUGCUGUGACGCUGGUAGGAAAUGUCAUUUGGAUGCCAGCAAAAUUUUUGUCCGAGUCGAUGCCCCGAGAUACAGUUACGCCAAUAAAUUCACAAAUAGGUGAAAAACUGUUGGCCACGCGAAUAGCAAAAUUGCCUGUCGCCGCGGGCCAAAUAAUCGGGAGAGCGAUGCUUUGGUGCGUAGAAGCAAAAGCACUUUUAUCCAGCAACGAUUUCCAAAUAAAAGAUAUAAAAAAGCAAUGUUCUUUAUUGAAAGACAUAGCAGAAAUAACUGCCGUAAUAGCAGAGAUUAUUUCACUACUAACGAAUCUUCAUGCUCAUCUGCAAAAAGCAAUGACCAAAAGUACUGUUCAGAUCAUUUGCAGGCUCGUUGAAGUUCUAAAAACUCUUGAAACUACUUUCAACAGUCUCGGCCCUGUUGUGGUGCAAGCGCAAGGCAGAGCCUUGCAGAGUCUGAGUUAUGAAAUCCUUGUUAUUCUCGAAGCAGCGAAAAAAGGAUUGAUCCAGAAGGACCAAGCUUACAGCAGGGAAAGACUGGACGCUCUUUCACUGAUGAGGCUCAGCACGAGGUUAAUGAAUGGUCCAGCAACCGCAGAUCGUCGUUUGAUUGUCAGAUGUGCACUAGCUUAUGCGAGACAAUUGACGGAUACUUUUAAGGACGAUGAGGCGGUGAAGUUGCGCCGGAAAUUGGAGGAUUACGACGUUCUUGCUGAGCUCUACACAAACAUAUCUGAAGUCUGCGACUACUCGAUUCUUUUACACUAUCAAACGAUGAUUCCUGCUUACUUGGCUUCGAUCGUCGGCAGCAAUCAAGACAUCAGUCACAUUUCCCAUUUGCUCAAUGCUUUAAAUAGCGCAAUUAUUCGUCAAGAUUCGCCGGAAAUAGCAGAUGCAAGAAUCUCCGAGCUUCGAGAAAUGCUCGUGAAGAACGUUCUAAAACCCGCCUGUCGCGAGAUCGAAACGAGUCUUCGUCUGCACGUCCAUUCUCACCUCAAACUCGAUUCCACUAAUCCCUUCGAGAUUGGAGCCAAAGACGCUGGCAGAAUCGUGGCUUCUUUGCCUCUACCGAUUUCCAAUAAUCUCGUCUCUUCGAAACGCUUCGUCGAGCAUUAUCUCGACACGACUUUUUAUAACCUCACCACUUUGGCGCUUCACGAUUGGAAAACUUAUCGAACGAUGCACGCCCUUGCCAGUUACAAAUUGUCCUUGGACACCGUGCAAAAUCAUCUGCCAACACAAACGCUCGAACAAGGCCUCGACGCCUUAGAAAUAAUGAGGAAUAUUCACGUCUUUGUUUCCCGUUAUCUCUACAACAUGAACACCCAAACUUUCAUCGAGCAAAAAAGCACGAGCAAAUAUUUGAACACUAUCGGAAUAAGACAUAUCGCUAAUUCCAUAAGAACUCACGGAACAGGAAUAAUGAGCACAACGGUUAAUUUCGUUUAUCAAUUUCUCUGCAUAAAACUGCACACGUUCUCGCAAUUCAUGUUCGACGAACACAUCAAAUCGAGGCUUCUCAAAGACGUUAAAUUUGUCAAAGUUCAAAGAGAGAACGAAUCUGUUCCGUACACAUACGAAAGGGCUGAAAAGUUUCAGAAGGGAAUCCGUAAGCUGGGAAUGUCGGAGGAUGGCAUGAGUUAUUUGGAUCAUUUUCGACAACUAAUCACUCAAAUAGGGAAUGCUCUCGGCUACGUAAGACUCAUAAGAUCGGGGGGACUGCACGCUUGUGCGAACGCGAUAUCGUUUUUGCCGGAUGUCAAUUCGGUCACGCCGUUCGAGAGGAAAUGCGUCGAUCUCGGUUAUUCGGAAAAUACCCAAGCGGCAGCGAAACGUUUGCAAAACGACAUAGCCAAUUUAGUGGAGAAUUUCAACGAGGGAAUACAUUAUUUCAAGCUCCUCGUUGACGUGUUUGCCUCGAAUUUUCGUGAUCCGAAGUCUCGUCAUUUGCAACAAUUUUACGCUAUCGUUCCGCCGUUGACUCUCAGUUUCGUCGACAACGCACUUUCCAACAAAGAAAAAAUCCUCAAAAAAAACAAAGAUGGCGCUGCUUUCACCGACGACGGAUUCGCCAUGGGCAUCGCUUACAUAAACGCUCUCCUCGAUCAAAACAAAGAACUCGACGGUCUCCAAUGGUUCGAAACCGUUUAUCGUCAAGCUGCCGACGAAAGACUCGCUGCCGAAAGUAAAAACGACGCUGCCGAUGAAAAAUUGCAACAGACCAGAGCUUUGACGCUCAAACGCCUGAACGAGAGAAACGCCGAAUUCCAAUUACUCGAUUACAGUCUUUCCGGAGCUCGGGUGUUCUUCAAACAGCCCGAUACGUAACACAUACAACAAAACUUCAUUCCUAUUAUUAUCCUAUUGCCGAAAAAAAUGAUGAAUUGUCGGAAAUCAACCUUCAAGUGGAAGCCUGAACGCGAUAAGUUGAUUUUCGUCCAUUUUCUCGUUCAAAUUGUUCGAAAGUUUUUAUUAUUGUAUCGAAUCUUGUACAGCUAUUACGUAAUUGUUAUGAGAAAGAAAUUAUAUAUAUCUAUAUAUGCGAUAUGAAUUAUGGAAAAUAAAUCGAACGCCUUGUUUCGUUA